AUGGCGCCUGCGACGGCUCUUGUGGGCAUGUUCUUUGUCGGAGCAAGUCUGGUCUUUAUGGUGGUGGCCUUUGCCAGCCCUUAUUGGGUCGAAUCCUUUGAAGAAUUCAAAUCUCAGUUUGUCAAACUGGGCCUGUGGGAGUUCUGUUUCAACGACUACACCUUUUACAAAGAUUAUAAUGGCAAGCGAUACCUGGGCUGUUUCUACAUCUUCUCCCCAGAGAUGCGACCUAUUUGGGAAUGGGUAUCACCUCCUUGGUUCAUUUCUGUUCAAGUGAUGAUUUCAGCAUCCCUGUUGGUUAUUUUCCUCGUUUCUGUGACCCUGACACUGAAUGUUUUCCGAUUGUUCCCGAAACAAAUGGACUAUGCAGUUUAUCUUGGCACAGCCCUGGGAAUGGCUGCCUGCGCUCUUACAAUUCUAAUAGCUCUGAUUGUCUUUGGAGUGUAUAAAGAAGACCGGCGCUGGGUGCCACGCCCUGACAUGAACCUGUUGUCCUGGUCGUACGGAAUGUGUGUCAUGGCGGGAUGGUUCUCUCUGUUUGCUGCUGUCUGUCUGUACCUGGCUGGCAAGGAAAAGAAAACAGAAUUUGACAACAGCAAGUUCUCAUCCCACGUAACCACGUAUACCUAA